ACAAGUCUCAUUCCCUUAGUUGAUCGGCGUCCUGGCUGCUAGCUACGACCUCGUGAUGCCAUCCGGUGUCAGCUGUAGAAACGUUCCGUUUUUGGCCAUUCUGAUCGGAGUGAUUGUGGUUGUUGCAAUCCUUCUGACGAUUCCGUUCCUUUUUCACAAUAAGCUGCGAUCCGUGUUCCGAGGGGCGGUGGCUUCCAAUGCCCCGGAGUGUGCCGGCAUUGGCGAACAGAUUCUUCGAGAUGGAGGAUCGGCGGCUGACGUGGCAAUUGCGGUGAUGGUUUGUGAGGCUGUGACCUGUCCGGAAAGUUCCGGACUGGGUGGUGGAUUCGUGCUGACCUACUAUCAUAAGGAGAGCGAUACGGUUGAGGUAUUGGACGCUAGACCGGUUGCCCCAAAGGCUGCCCACAAGGAUAUGUUGAAGGGAGUUGACGAAGAUAGCCUGAGCUAUAAGGCAUUGAGCGUGGGGGUUCCGGGGAGUGUCAAGGGAUACUGGGAGCUUCAUAAACGUUACGGAAAACUUCCUUGGAAUAAGUUGAUCGAGCCGAGCAUUCGACUAUGUGUGAAUGGCUUCAACGUCACAAAUCAUCUCGGGAUUUGGUUGAAGAAGAUGAAGAACACCAUACUGAGUUCAACAUCUCUGAGGGAACGGUUUGUGAAUCCCUAUCGUGAGGAUGUUUGGACGGAAGGCGAGGUCAUUACUGAUCAUGUUCUAGCUGAAACUUUAGACUCCAUCUCUCUCGGAGAAUACGUUUUGUACUCGGAAAAUGGACCCUUACUAGCUAAUUUGAUAGAUGACCUGAGUCUUUUUGGAAGUAUUUUAAGAAAGGAGGACUUCACCGAGUAUAGCGUCAAAUGGUCCGAGCCUGUAUCGAUGGCUUUACCCGAACAGAAAACCCUUUACAGUCCGGAUCUUCCAGAGGGAGGACCUUUGCUCGUUCACAUACUAAAAGUGCUUGAAAGUUUCGAAGAUCUUAUUCUGGACGAGGCCACUUCGUGGCAUCGAAUGGUGGAAGCGUUUAAAUUUGCCUUUGGUGCAAGUUCUCACCUUGGAGAUCCUGAUUUCCAUCCAAUCUUACAUCAAUUAUCUCGCAACCUAACAAACGAAGAAUACGCCCAUGAAAUCCGUCGUCAAAUCAUGGACGAUCGCACCUUUAACGACACUGCGCACUACGGAGCAGUCAACGAACCCGUCAGAAACCGGGACUCUUCCCACAUUUCGGUUCUAACACCAGACGGCGAUGCUGUAUCCGUUACGAGCUCCAUCAAUGAGAAUUUCGGUUCAACCUUAAGGUCUCCUCGUACCGGUAUCAUUUUGAACAACGCGCUAACUGAAUUUACCGAUGCCGCCGCGAAUCAAAUUCAGCCCAAGAAGCGUCCGAUGAGAUCGGCUUGUCCAACGAUCGUCGUAGACAAUUCAGGUCACGUGCGCCUAGUGGUCGGAUCUGCCGGCGGAACUUCGAUGAUUACUUCAACGGCACAGGUCAUUUAUAGGCAUGUGUUAGGCGGCCAGCCUUUGCGGGAAACCCUUCUAGCACCCCGGGUCCAUCACCGACUUGUUCCGAUGGAUCUGCUUUACGAGAAGACGCUUCCGGAAGAGAUCGUUAGCCAGCUGGCCGAGCGAGGUCAUAAGCUGGUGCAGGUUUCGAGGAUCGGAUCAGUGACGGCCAUCUCUUCGACCGGAGAUGGGAAGAUUUGGGCAGCUUACGAUCCCCGAAGAUCAGGUGGCGCCAUUGCAGUGUACGAUCGGGAGUGGUACACUUUGUAUGGGCAGUGAUUCCCAUGCAGAAGUAACUUAUUAAUUAACAUACAUCAGUGAUCAAGUGUAUUAAAGCGGUACAAAAAAUUGCUACCAUCACAAAACAU